UCUGUUAUCGAACUCACUUCUCUCCCUCUCUAUGUGUCGCACGCGCAAUUUUAACAAUAAUAAAUAAAUAAAUAAUAAUAAGUAAACGAGCAUCGAUCGAUCGUCGAGUGCCGGCACGAUCAUCGACGAUCGACAGACCUUGAUCCGCGUUUCUGUUUUUUUAUUUUAUUAUUUUAGUCGAGAAACAUCAACGAGGGUAGCAGUGCGCGCAGUUUUAUCUUCAAUUUUUAUUGAAAAAAUCCCAACGCGAGGAUUGUAAAUUAUACGCGUUAAACGAGAAAUCCCAAUCAAUCCGCGCGUUGAAAAAAUUACCAUGUGCAUAUAAUGCCGAAGGAGCGAUUGUUGUUGACGCGUCGCCGCUGACCAUGGCCACGAGAACGAUCGCGAUCGUGAGCACGGGUAGACCCGGGCGACGCUACUGCCGUGCUUCAUCUCCCGUCAUCCUCACCCUGCAGAGAAUACGACAAGACAGAUUGCUCAUCUACGACAAAAAAUUGGACGAACGGCCGGCUGGAAAGUUUCGCUGCAAUCAGCUAUCGCACGCUCACAUCAUUUGUCUUUGCUUGGUAGGCCUCGGCAGCCUUCUGGUGGCGCUCUUCGCCGUCACGGUCGGCCAGGGCGCGCCGCUCGCAAUGAUGUCGCAGGAGGCCCGCGAGGCCCGACGCCUCGUGAGCGUCGCCAAAUGGAAGAACCCGUGCGGCUUCGCCGCCGAAGAGCUCGCCGACGACGACGUGGAGGUGGUGCAGCUGGACGACGCCACCUUGCUCGGCAACAUCGUCAUGCAGGCCAAGACGGCGCUCAACUACGCCCAGAACGUGCGCGACGAUUACAUCAAGCGGACAUUCGGCACGGACUUCAAGGAUCUGCACCUGACCUGGAAGGACAACCAUUACGACUGGCUGCCGGGCCUCGCGCAGAUACCCAAGCAGUUAGGCGAGCCCCUCGGCCUCGACUACCUCGACAAGCUGGACGUGCGCAUGGUGGGUUACGUGCUGAGGCACGACUAUACCCCGGAACUAUUUCUCGAUACCCAAGCUAAUCGUCCCGUUCUGUUUUUGCGCGAAACGCAGCUCGACAAUGCACUGCUCAACGUGUACGAGUACCUGCAGCGUUACGCGGUCGGCCUCGAGCAGGUCGCCUGGGACCAGCAGGACAACGCGCUCGCCUUCCAGCAGGAGUUCAAGGACAUGGAGAAUCAUCUGCGAUCGGUCUUGUGCGAGGUACAGAUGGCCCUGGCCGAGCGCAACGUGCCCCAGCGCGAGGACAUCGAUCGCGACAUCAUGCCCGAGGAGUAUCGCAACAUGUGGACCAGCGCGACCUAUCGCAAUCUGCGCGACUGGCUCAUCUAUCGCGACUACAUGAACGGCCUCGAGUACAUCGUCGAGGUGUUUGAUCAUCUGAUCUCGCAGAUCCAGAGGACGUCCGUCUGAGCUGUGUUACGCACCCGCUCGCGGCUCUCUGCCCCGUUAAUUCGUUAACGCGUGCUUGCACCAACGCUUCUACAUUAUUAUGUAUAUUAGUGUAAUGGAGCAGAAGAAGAAGAAGUAGAAGAUCAUCGUCGUCCAUCGGCAGCAGACCCUCUCCCCCCUCUGUUUUGUCAUCGUGUCGUCAUCGUCAACAACGUCGCAAGCAUCUAUCAAUGAAUAACCAUAAUAAAAAACAAAAUUCCAGUAAACAAUACAAAAAUACAGACCAUCUGCAGAGAUAUGCGUCGCGGCUGCGAGGAAAAACUGGCUCUGUGUCUUUCGUGAAAAAAGAGUGACAAAGUUCAUAUAUUAUAUAUACGAGACGAGGUGUACGCUCUUGGCUCUCGCUAUGUAUACAUGUAUCGCGCUGAGUCACUACCAUAUACGAGGUCCCAGAAUACUACGUACAACGCGACGAGGACUCGCACCCGCACCUGCCCCCUGCUGCCCCGCUGGCUCCGAAUCAAACACACACGUAAACACGCGCGCGCGACAAGAAGAAAAAAAGGAAGGAGAUUCUUUUUUUUGUGGAUACAACGUUGGAUCUGGAUCUCGGAGCUUCUGUCUGUCUGUCAGUAUGUGAGCGAGUGUCGUGAAAGAAAAAAAAGGGAAAAAUCGUCGGAGAGAGCGGGUGACGACGACUAAUUUAGUGCAAUUCGCGAUAUACCAAGAGAACUAAACUGGUUUUUGAUAUAUCAUCGACCCUAAAAAAAAUUACCCUCAUGAAAAGUGAACAAUUUUCAUUUGCUGCGUAUCCGCAUGUAUGGUAAUUGAUUUUUAAGCGAUCGGUGUGAAUAUAUAGAUAGUUUAAUUGCCCUUUUCUAUUUUCUCUCUUCCCCACUCUUCUAUCUCGAUUGUAACUUUUUAUCUUUUUUCGCUUUUUUACGCGCUCGAAGCACCACUACCACCAAAAACUCACGCUCGCGAACGCGAUAUACGCAACUCCUGAUCCAAAGGCUCGUGCUGCGAGAUACCAAGAUUAAUUAAAAAAAAAGACGAUGUAAAAGUGAUAAUUUCUUCCGAUUCCCUCUCGAAGCAACGCAGCGUCAAUGUCAAUCGGGGAAUCGUCAUCAAAGAACGAAGUUAUCAGUUUUUUCAAUCGUCGCGAUCGCGCGAGGUAUGAGAUAUCUCGAGAAAAACAAAAAAUUGCCGACUGACUGACACUCUGGACCGCAAGCACGCGGGCGAUGCCUUUACGUAUACGGAUAUCUGUGUGUUUGCGUAUAUCCGUGCGCGCGCGAGCAAAGAUUUCGCGCGAUGCUUUCCGCGAAGCUAAGAAAGCAUCGGCCCAGAACGGAAGCGUAAAAUCUUUUUCAUACAUACCGAUUGAAAUCUCGCGCGGUAUAUGUUGAGCAAAAUUUUAUUCGUCCUUCCUUUUUCUUUUUUUCUGUUGUUAUUUAGAAAGAGCAUUUGUACAUAGAUAGAUCGUGACGGAUUGAUUAUAAUUAUUAGAGAAUAUACGUGAAGAUAACGAGUGCACCGCGCCCUCGCGAGCGCACAGUGCGAGAGAGAUUUCGAGCAACCAUGAACAAGUUUGAUUUUUUAAUGUCCCCCCUAUGCCCCCCCCCCCCUCGCGUCGGUCAAUUUUCAAUUUUUUGUACAAUAUAUUCGAUUAAUUUUUUGUUAAUUGACUUAACCGCGUAGCUAUUAUACUCUCUAUAUAUAAUGUACGAUUAUACUUGUUUUUUUAUCAUCGUCAUCUUGUAUCAAUUUUAUAUUCAUUUUGGUAUGAAUGUAUUUGUCGCAGAUUUAUUAUUAUUAUUUUUAUUUUUGUAAAGACUUUACGUGUGACACGCCUCCGCACCCACCCUUGUCGAUGAAAAUGGAAUCUAUAUUAUAUAUAAUUUAGAGAGCGAAAAAAAUUUAUUAUAAUAGAUUAUUAUAUUUAUAAAAUAUGAUUUUUUAUAUAUAAUAUAUAAAAAAAACAAACGCGGUGUGCACGUAUAUGAUGCGAGGAUGAAAAAAAGCGGCCCCCAAACCCCCUCUCAUUACGAAUAUAUAGAGUGCGAUCAAAUUGUAAAUAAUUUAGGCGUAUAAAUUCAAAGAGAAAGAGAAUCGCACCCAGUCGGCGCAAAGAGAGAAGCGAUUUUUAUUUAAAAUGUAAGAUGAAUGGAGUAUAGUAUUAAAUAUUUUUAGGCAAUUUAUUCCGUGUGUAAGAAAAAAAAAGGAACGAGUCGCGUUGCUGCCUCACGAUCAUCAUUCUGUUUUUUUUUAACGGUCGCAACGUACCUUCUUGUUUUAAUUUUUUACUUGUGAUUUUAACUUUUCCGAAUUCGAGAAAAUUUUGUCGUAAAAACGAAACGAAGUAAAAAAAAGGUUUAAGAUUUUAACUCGCGAGACUCGUUUUAUAUUCUGUCAAUAACUUCUUUUAUGUUGUUCUUUUUAACUUGUGAGAGAGGUGCCGCGGCAAAAGUCAAAAGUGGGCGAGAAAGAGGAUAUAACCGGUGAGCUCGUCUCGUCUCUCUCUCACUCUCGAUGAUGAUGAUGAUGAUGAUAGUCAAAGAGCAGCAACGCGACGCGCCGCAUAUAAUGUUGAGAUGGCUUUAAAAAGACUCGAAAUUGUAAAA